CAAAAAGAAAACAUUUUUGUUAUCUUUCAUGAUUUGGACUUGUUGAUAUAAUUAUAUAAAUUAUGACAAGUAUCAUAUUUUAAUUCUUGAAAGACACAAAAAAAAUUUCUCUUUUGAAUCUCUGAGAAAGACGAAUCAAGGAAAUGGCAGGUGGAUCAUUAACAACAGGUGCUGUGGCCAAAGAAAGGGCAGAGCUUUACAAAGGGAGAGUCACUCCUUAUGUUAUUGUUGCUUGCAUUGUUGCUGCAACAGGGGGGUCACUAUUUGGCUAUGAUAUUGGAAUUUCAGGUGGGGUGACUUCCAUGGAUGACUUCCUUGAAGAAUUCUUCCCUGCAGUAUACAGACAAAAAAAACAUGCACAUGAAAACAAUUACUGCAAGUACGACAAUCAGGGCCUUGCCGCAUUUACCUCUUCUCUAUACAUUGCUGGUUUAGUUGCAUCCCUGAUUGCAUCUCCAAUUACAAGGAAGUAUGGACGUCGGGCAAGUAUCAUUGGUGGUGGUAUCAGCUUUCUCAUUGGAUCAACCCUGAAUGCUUCAGCAGUUAACCUAGCAAUGCUGAUCUUGGGCCGUGUUAUGCUUGGCAUUGGCAUCGGAUUUGGAAAUCAGGCAAUUCCGCUUUAUUUGUCAGAGAUGGCACCGACACACCUGAGAGGAGGAAUGAACAUGAUGUUUCAAGUGGCAACAACUUUUGGAAUUUUCACAGCCAACAUGGUGAAUUAUGGAACACAGAAGAUUAAACCUUGGGGAUGGAGGUUGUCCCUAGGAUUGGCUGCAAUACCUGCUCUUUUGAUGACGAUAGGAGGUAUAUUUCUACCUGAGACUCCAAAUAGCUUAAUAGAACGAGGAUCAAAUGAAAGAGGAAGGAAGCUCCUAGAAAAAAUCCGAGGAACUAGCGAGGUUGACGCGGAGUUUCAAGAUAUGGUUGAAGCAAGCGAGUUGGCAAACUCAAUAAAGGACCCGUUUCGUAACAUCUUUAAAAGAAGGUAUAGGCCAGAGUUGGUGAUGGCAAUUGUCAUGCCAACUUCACAGAUCUUGACUGGCAUAAAUUCCAUUCUAUUCUAUGCUCCAGUAUUGUUUCAAAGCAUGGGAUUCGGAGGUGAUGCAUCACUCUAUUCCUCAGCUUUGACGGGAGGUGUUCUUGCUUGCUCAACAUUCAUUUCCAUUGCAACAGUUGAUAAGUUGGGAAGAAGAGUUCUUCUUAUAAGUGGUGGAAUACAAAUGAUCACAUGCCAGAUUAUAGUUGCAAUAAUUCUUGGAGUCAAAUUUGGGGACAACCAAGAACUGUCGAAAAGCUAUUCGAUAUUGGUUGUAGUUGUGGUUUGCCUAUUUGUUGUAGCAUUUGGAUGGUCGUGGGGCCCGCUUGGGUGGACAGUCCCAAGUGAGAUCUUUCCAUUGGAAAUCCGUUCAGCAGGGCAGAGUAUCACAGUUGCUGUAAACCUUUUGUUCACUUUCAUAAUUGCUCAGGCGUUCCUUGCUCUUCUCUGCGCAUUCAAGUUUGGAAUCUUUCUAUUUUUUGCUGGCUGGAUUUCCCUCAUGACCAUAUUUGUUUUUCUGUUCUUGCCUGAAACCAAAGGUAUUCCAAUUGAAGAGAUGGCAUUUAUGUGGAAGAAGCACUGGUUCUGGAAAUUGAUACUACCUGAAAACACAUUGUAAUUAUGCAGUUCCUAAAUCAAAGUUACACUACAGCUGUAAUAAAUUAAGUAAUAAAUUACUUUAAUAAAAAGUGUUUCUUUGUCAA